UGCCACAAUGGGCGUGGUUAGUAGCAUGCUGCCACAAUGGGCGUGGUUAGUAGCAUGCUGCCACGUGUGCUACAAAAUGGCCGACCUUAAGAGGCAUGGAAAGAGAGAAGAAAAGAAGAGGAAAAGAAAGCCAGAGCCUAAAUGGAGACAAGAAGCUAGACAGAUAGAAGCCACAGUUGCCCAGUAUCCACAAAUGGCCCCGGAAUCCAUGGAAAAGUUUACAGAUAUUCCUCUCUCAUCUAAAACACUACAGGGACUACGGAAGAAUGGCUACAGCAACCUGACAGAUAUACAGAAAGCCGCCAUACCCUCUGCUCUGAGAGGCAAAGAUAUAUUAGGUGCCGCUAAAACAGGCUCUGGCAAGACCCUAGCUUUCCUGAUCCCUGUACUUGAGCUGCUCUGGCGAGAGCGUUGGACACAGAUGGACGGAUUAGGUGCGCUCAUCAUAUCCCCCACCAGGGAACUUGCCUAUCAAACGUUUGACGUUCUUUAUAAAAUCGGAGGAGAGCACGACUUUUCUGCCGGUCUCAUAAUCGGUGGAAAAGACCUGGGUUUCGAGAGAGCGAGGAUCUUAAAAACUAAUAUAAUAAUAUGCACUCCUGGACGCCUACUACAACAUAUGGACGAGACCCCAAACUUUGAGUGCCAGUCUCUUAAAAUACUCGUAUUAGACGAAGCCGAUCGAAUCCUAGACCUUGGUUUUUGUGAGACGAUGCGUUCGAUAGUUGAGAACCUUCCUAGCGAGCGACAGACUCUACUCUUCUCUGCUACUCAGACAAAGUCAGUCAAAGACCUUGCUUUGCUGAGUCUCUCGGAGCCGGAGUACCUCUCGGUACAUGAGGAGUCUGAGACAAGUACUCCACAGAGACUCCAACAGAGUUACGUUGUGUGCAAGUUAGAGGAAAAGAUCUCGACUCUAUUCUCGUUCAUAAAGACUCAUCUCCUUGUAAAGUCAAUCAUAUUCCUCUCCUCUUGUAAGCAGGUGCGGUUCACUUAUGAAGCUUUCCGUCGUCUUCGUCCUGGUGUGCCACUAAUGUGUCUCUACGGCCGACAGAAUCAGGUCAAACGUGUCGCUGUCUACAAAGACUUCUGUCAAAAGAAAGCAGCUGUGUUGCUAUGCACUGAUAUAGCUGCCCGGGGGCUUGACUUCCCCUCCGUCCACUGGGUCGUACAGUUAGACUGUCCAGAGGACACUAACACUUAUAUACAUCGCGUGGGGCGGACUGCCAGAUAUGAGAAAGAUGGCCAUGCCCUCUUGUUUAUACUCCCAUCUGAGAUGGAGAUGAUCAAAGAAUUGGUAGAGAAGAAGAUACCGAUAGAAGAGAUAAAGAUUGAUCCAAAGAAACUAGUCUCUAUUCAAGGCAAGCUUGAGGCUUUUUGUGCCCAGGACACGGAACUCAAACAACUUGCCCAGAAGAGUUUCAUUAGAUACCUUCGCUCUGUUCAUUUGCAGUCGAACAAGAAGGUCUUUGACGUUAGGAAACUCCCAACUUCAGAGUAUGCACUAUCACUGGGUCUCUCUCAGGCUCCUCGUAUUAGGUUUUUAAAGAAAGAUACUACAAGUGGAAAGAACUGGGAUAAAGAAGAACCUACUGAUACUCCCGAGACAGUAACUCUUGAAUCAUCAAAGACUCGUUUUCGUAUGGCUUCUUUUGAUGAUGACAUCUUGACAGUAAAACGAGUCAUACUAGCUGGUACUGGGUCUAUGGAAGAAGAAGCCACACCCCUAGCCCCUCCCAAUCCAGAACCAAAGACCAAAACUAAAUCAAAAGCAAAGUUGGUGCGCUCUUUACUGAACAAGAAAUUGAAAGUUAACACUCAUGUGAAGUUUAAUGAUGAUGAAGAUGAUGGUAAUGAGAUAUCGCAUGAGCUGAGAGACAGCAGUGAUGAUGAUGAACAGAGUGAGAGAAAGGAGGAAGGUGAUGGUAUUAACAUUGAAGAAGCAAAAAUGAAGCUAAGAGCUCAGGAUAAGUUGGAUCGUCGAAACGAGAGAAAGAGAGUACGCGAAGCUCACAGGAAAAAGAAACUUAAAAAUAAAGAAAAGACUAGAAAUGAGGGAGAGAAGGAGGAAAGGAUAAUGACACUUUGUACUAAUGAGGAGAGUGAGAAUGAGAGUGAACCUGAGGAAUGUAAAAGGCAGAGAAUUGACAGCAGUGAUGAAAGUGAUGGAGACAACAUUUGUGAUGAUGAGGAGCUUGCUUUGCAUUUAUUGCAUCACAAAAAAUAAACACUCAUCAUUAAUACUUCAUAUCUUAUAUUGAGUAUGUAUUAUUAAUCUUAUUGUUAGUAUUGUAUUUGGUGAAGGCCAA